GCACAGGAGGCGGCCAAGCUCUAUCACACCAACUACGUGCGGAACUCGCGGGCCAUCGGCGUGCUCUGGGCCAUCUUCACCAUCUGCUUUGCCAUCGUCAACGUGGUGUGCUUCAUCCAGCCCUACUGGAUCGGCGACGGCGUGGACACCCCGCAGGCGGGCUACUUCGGGCUCUUCCACUACUGCAUCGGCAACGGCUUCUCCCGGGAACUCACCUGCCGGGGCAGCUUCACAGACUUCUCCACCUUCUCCAGCCUGCCCGCCGGAGCCUUCAAAGCCGCCUCCUUCUUCAUCGGGCUCUCUAUGACGCUCAUCAUCGCCUGCAUCGUCUGCUUCAUCCUCUUCUUCUUCUGCAACACGGCCACCGUCUACAAGAUCUGCGCCUGGAUGCAGCUCACCUCGGCUGCCUGUCUCAUCCUGGGCUGCAUGAUUUUUCCUGAUGGCUGGGAUUCAGAUGAGGUAAAACGGAUGUGUGGUGAAAAGACAGACAAGUACACACUUGGGGCUUGUUCAGUCCGCUGGGCAUAUAUCCUGGCUAUUAUUGGAAUCUUGGAUGCUCUGAUCCUCUCAUUUCUGGCAUUUGUGCUUGGCAACAGACAAGACAGCUUGCUAGCAGAAGAGCUCAAGUUGGAAAACAAAGUCCUGCUAAGCCAAUCCUCACUAGAAUGAGCACAAAACAAAAUGAGUAACUGCUUUUGUACAUCAACAUUAAAUGGAAAGAAGCUUGGGAAGGAGCCUUCAAUGGAGAAGAAUGUUGACAAGUGCAAAAAUGCCUGUUUGGUAAGCGCUGCCUUCUAAACAUAGAUCAUCCAGGCAUGGAAGUGAUUUUCUGAAGAGCGAUGCAAUCAUGGAUUACAUACCAGCUCAUUAGAAACUGUCACUGAAUACAACAUUCAGAAGACAUGCAUGAAAAGUCACAUUUGGGGAAUAAAUUAAAAGGGAUGUAGUUGUUGCUAGACAAAACUUAUGUAAUAUAUGCAUUGAAAAGGUUUGUAAACUCAUUUUUUUAUUCAACUGAAAAGCAAAAAAGCUUUAAAACCUUUCACAGUAGAGAGACAGUUAACUCAAGACUAUUCCUGAUCCAGUAGCCAGGAAACUGAUAGGACAUCACUCUUAAAUAAGCAUUUAUAAAUAGACUCUCUGAAUGUUUCCAUCUCCUAGAAGAAAAAGUAUAACUUUUACUGCAGCAUUUCUGCACUUUGUUUAUUUCUCUGUAUAAUAAAUUGGUUAAAAAUGUAAAGCUUCUCAAUUUUUACUGUCUUCAGGUUAAUUUAUGUCUGUAACAAAAUAACAAACGUAUAACUGAAAAAUGUUUCUGACAUAUAUUGUAGUUCGGUGAAGGAAUAUAUACAGUCUUUCUGAAUGUCAUAAUACUGUUGAUUUCCAAGCAACAUAGACCUGUUCCUAUUUAAGGUGGAAAAAUAAAACAAUUUAUUUACAAAAAGCAAAGAGGGUGAGAAAUUACUGACACCUGGAAUGUAACACGCAGCAGCAGCUAAAGCACUUUUGUAUUUUUUCCUGUUCUUUGUCAUAUAACCACUUAAAUUCCAAGCCCUGUGUUAUACAGAAGAUCAGAGUAGAUGGUCUAAUGGUCCCAUCUGGCCUUACGAUCUAUGAAUCUGACUACUGAACAAGUACAUUUUACAAAUAACUAUGUAAAAGAUCCUAGUCUGAUUCACUGCUAUAUGCUCUGGCUGCUUUGUGUGGUGUGAAGCAGUUGGAGCACAGUAGUAAGGGUGGCCCUUCAUGUUUUGUUUUGUUUAUGUGGUGUGAGAGGCACAGAAUCACUGAGUUAUUCUGAUUUUAGUGCAACAUUUUUGUUGCUGUUCAUAAGGUUCCUUGCCAAGCAAACUAAUUCUGGAAAGCAACUGAAUAGUAAGAAAUCUGAGGCAAGAAUGUAAUCAGAUAAAUAUUCUAGAGAGAGUAUUUUAGAAGUGAGCAGGAUGCAAUUUUUUCAGAAGAUUUGGAAUAUUUCUUUAUUAUACUUACUGGCAUUCAGAAAAAGUAGCUGGAAUAACAAAAAAUGAUUAUUAUUACAGGUCCCAAAUAACAAAUCAUUCUUGAAGAAGUACAGAGAUAAAACAAGCUUUUAAUGUCUGAUUAUAAAUGAGACACUGCAAAACAAAACUCUUCUGCUCCUAAGUGCAUGCAUCCCAGUAAUGCUUCUUUGUCUGACAAUAAUAUUUGUGAUCAAAUUGUCAAUAAAUAAUUACCAGCUAUUAAAUAAUACCAUUUUAGCUAUCUGUCAAGAUAUAUACAGGGCCCUGAUUGUUAUAGGAACUGAAUACUUAAUAUACAUGCUUUCCAGAUAAAUUUAUAGAUUAAUUUGAGUGGGAUUUUCAAACAUUGUCCCUUAGCCAAGUUUGUAUCCAUUGUAGCCAAUGGGCAUUUCCAUUGACUUCAGUGGAAGCCGUAGUCCAGUGCUGAGCACUUUUGAAAGUCCCACCCCAAAGUUGUUAUGCAAGAUAGAUCUAUUUCUAGUCAAAAUAAAGAUGAGGGCUCUAUAAGUGACUUACAUGAGAAGGUUCAGAAACUCAUUAAGGCACCAAUUCAACAAGGUAUUUAAGUAUGUGAUUAAUCCCCCUGGACCGAGACAACUCAGAUGCUCAAGUUGGGCACAUUUAGGCCUACCUUCCUAAACGGGAUCUUAAUAAAGCUUGUAAUCAUUUACCAGUGUUGCUAUAUCAUAGGCACACUUUACUCUCAAAAAUUUGUAAAAAGGUUUAUCUGAAUGUGCUACCAUAUCAUUGUAAUCAUUUGCUCCAUAGAUUACAUUGUAUUCCCAGAUUAUUGCAAUCAUGAUAUUUUUUCUUGCAAUUGAAACUACAUUGGGUUUCUCCAUACCAUGCAAUUUUGUUACUGACUACUGAAUUUUGCAUCAUAGUGAUUGUAUAAUUAAAAAGCCCACUUUACACGUAUACAAAUGUUGCAAAAAUGUGUCAUCACAAGACCUUGCAGCGCUCCUGUUUCAAUAAAAUGUACCAUAUGUACAUAAAUAAAGCAAAAACUAACAAGACUGUACAUCACUAAAUGUCAAUUAAUUAUAAGUAGUAUGUUUUUAUCUUUUUAACGGUGAACGCUUUCCCUUCCAUUCCAUUGUAAUGUCAAAAUGUGUGUAAUUUUUUUUAUGUCAACAAACUGUAAAGAAAAUUGUUGGAAUACCUGACUUUCUGUAAAAAACUAAAAUAAAAUAAAAUGACUACAAUAAUUUUUGUUACUUUAAGAUAUACUUAGUACUAUAGUGCCUAAUAAAGGUCUAUAAUUAUUUUUUGUAGCAUACUAAAACAGAGUAUGCUCAGGCUUUUUUCCAGUUCAUUUGUGGUAAUGACUGCUGUUUCUGCAAUCAGCCUCACUCUUUCUAGACCUUGCACA